UAUCCAAGUAGGAGAGUGUGUAUGUAUCCCAGACAUGGCGCUGCCGUGAACUGCGAAUGCAUAAGCUAGUUUGUUGAUGUAAUUUAACGCAGAAAUCACGGUGUAAGGUAAUUUUUUCCCAUACUCCUUCUUCGACUUCCGCAUUUUUGUUAGGUUAUCUUUUUCUCACUGUAGGGAAAGCGGAUCGCUUAUUGAAACAUAUGAACUGUUACGUUGAACUGAGGAAGUGUGUCGACUUCAGUGUUUGCAAUUGCUUCAAAGUUACAUUAGCUACCUAUUGGGUACUAGCAGCACAGUGACCUUUCGGACAAAAACGCACUGCAAUGGACUGCUGGAGUUAGGAAGUUGAAUCAGCUUAAUCGCAUCGGUUAUCGUUCAGUCUCCCGUUUUGAUUUCUGAAUACUGAUACACUCGUUAAGGUGAUCAUGCUGGGGAAAACCAAAUACAAUUUAGUUGAUGAUGGUCAUGAUUUGAGGAUUCCACUGCACAACGAGGAAGCGUUCCAACAUGGAAUCAAUUUCGAAGCGAAGUACAUUGGUAGUCUGGAUGUGUCAAGACCGAACAGCCGAGUAGAGAUAGUGGCUGCAAUGAGAAGAAUUAGGUAUGAAUUCAAAGUAAAGAACAUUAAGAAGAAAAAAGUAAAUAUAAUGGUGUCUGUGGAUGGGGUCAAGGUUGUUCUGCGAAAAAAGAAAAAGCUUUCUAUGUUUUCACAGAAAAAAGAAUGGACAUGGGAUGAGAGUAAGAUGAUGGUGAUGCAGGACCCUAUUUACAGGAUAUUCUAUGUGUCUCAUGAUUCCCAGGACCUAAAAAUCUUCAGCUACAUUGCACGAGAUGGUCAAAGUAACGUGUUCCGCUGCAAUGUUUUCAAGUCUAAGAAAAAGAGUCAAGCCAUGAGAAUUGUAAGAACAGUUGGCCAGGCCUUUGAGGUCUGUCACAAACUCAGUCUGCAGCACACCCAGCAGAAUGCAGAUGGCCAGGAGGAUGGAGACAGUGAAAAGAACAGUGACGAAUCGGAUGUGCCAGCACGCCAGUUGACUGGUGCAGAGAAAACUGUGGCAGAGGAGACAGAUAUUGACGCAGAGGAAGUUCCCUUACCCGAUAGCACAAUUGAUGAGUUUAACCGUGGGGUCACAGACCUGGAUGAAGCCAAGAAGGAGCAAGAUGUGGGAAAGGAGAAGAAGGUCUCAGAAGACAGCAUUCUGUUGGCUACACCCAAAAUGCUGUUGCCAUCAUCUAGCCAAGUGCCAGUAGGAACUCCCUUAUCUGUGCAUCACCAAAUUCAGCUCUUACAGCAACAGCUGCAGCAACAGCAGCAGCAAACUCAAGUAGCUGUUGCACAGGUUCACCUGUUGAAAGACCAGCUGUCAGCGGAGGCCACAGCUCGAAUUGAAGCCCAGGCCCGAGUCCAUCAGCUCCUGUUGCAGAACAAGGACAUGCUACAACACAUCUCAUUGCUGGUCAAGCAAAUCCAGGAACUGGAGCUCAAACUCUCUGGACACGGCUCAAUGGGCUCUCAGGACAGCUUGCUGGAGAUCACAUUCCGAGCAAACGUGCCGCCAGUGCUGUGUGAUCCGACCACACCAAAGCCAGAGGAUGUGACCCUGCCGCAGCUCAGUGAUGGGACCCAGCUCUCCCUGCCCUUGGGCAGCCCCCUAGGUAGGGAAAAUUGCCUGGUAAAACUUGAGUGUUUCCGCUUUCUCCCUGGACCACCACAGGAAGAACAGGACAAGUCACAGCAACCUCCAGUGCCAGUCCAGGACAAAUUCUUGGGUAGUCUAGAGCUUCUCAAGUUCCGGGAAUCUGGGAUUGCCUCUGAAUAUGAGUCUAAUACAGAUGAGAGUGAUGACCGGGACAGCUGGGGUCAAGAAGAUAGUUCACUUCGGCUUUACAAUGUAUUGAACAAGCAGGGACCACCAGACAGCCUGGAUGACGAGAUUGCGGUCUGAAUCUAGGGUGUUCUUUUUCUUCAGCUUUCGCAGUAGUCUAGUUUGCCAAUCGGAUCACUUGUGUAAAAUAAUGAAAUUGCACCCCACAAACCGCCUGCACUUUGCUGUUCUUUCUGCCUCUGUCUGUAUAUUCUCAGCAUUUAUUUAAUAGAUUAUUUAGAGAAUCUGUUUUUUUUUUAUUAGGUGGAGGAUGAUCUCCUGUCACUCACUUCAGCGUAGUUAGAAGAGACACAUCAGAAACCUAGAGUAGGAAAUUGCAAGAAUAACUAAGAACGGGUCAUGCUCCAGCAGCUGCUUUUUACAGAUUGCUGUAAAAUGAGAGAAAACGGAAAUGUUUGCCACCUGUUAUGCCAUAUCCUUUUGAAGGUGGUUUUCUAUUUUUUAAGGAUAAAGGUUCUUUUUUAAAACAGAGGUCAUCCUACAUGCAUCAACCACUGGAACCAAUUCUUAAAUCUAUAGGCAGCAUUACACAAACUAUGCUGAAAGAUCUGUUCUCACAUUCUUAAAGCAUUUAUUGCAUUCUGUUACUUUUGUCUUAAACACAUUAAUACUUUAUUAUGUACAUUUGUAGCAUGCCAGACAACAAAAAUAUCAAAUAAGCUACAUUUGCAAGAAUUUUCUAGUUCAUAAGCAGUUAUUUGACUAUUUCUGUAUUUUCUGUAUUUCUAUAUUUUUCACUGUCGCUCCUGCUUACUUGUGCAUGGUAAUGAUGUUGCACAUCUCAUUUCCUAGCUAAUGGAGAUAUUGCACACCAUGUAACUAGAUCUAUAUAAAAAGUAUAUUUUGUACGUCAUCUGUUCAUUUGACCAAAAAUGAUUUGGUCUUAGACUUCAGCUCUACUGAAAUGUCCUUAAUAUCAGCAGAAGACUUUUCUUAAAGUAGUUAUAUCUUUAAUAUUAUUUUGAACAUGUUCUGGUAAUGUGGAAGAUCUGGCCAGGGAAGUACCCUUUAAAGUUUACGGUAAAGCCAAAUACAGUACCUAAAUCUUUAAUUUCCUUACAGGUUAAGGAAACAUUAGCCAUUACAUUUGGCUACAGAAUGAUAUGUUCUGUGUAAUACAGAUAUUGAUAUCUCUUAAGGGUAUCCAAUGUCAGGAGAUACUAAGGCUACGAAGUCCAAAGAACAUAUUAUUAUAUUAAUAAGUUAAAUAAUUUAAUGUAAGUUAAAACCACUUAUCAAUACCCCUGGUACUGCACUGUGUUUAUUUAAAAAAAAAAGUACAAUGAAUUACAUGAUUAUAUGGCCACCUUUAAUUAAUUAAUUCUUAUUGUAAUCAAUAAUUUCACUUGAUGCCAUAUCAUUUGUACUUUUUCUUUUCCAAUAAAUUAAAUUUAUUGAGGUUUCCGAAGAGAGAUAAUUUUUGACAUUUUGAAAACAAGUAAGCAAGAUUAAGUGGUUGCAUUGAUUAAGUGGCUGUAUUAUUUGGUUUCAGUUUUUAAGGUACAAAAAUACUACCAAGGACUGCAUUAUUUGAAAUACUGUGAAAAACGUUUGAGUGCGUAUCUUAAGCAAGGUCACAUGUUAGUAUUUGAGGUCAAAGUCUAUAUGUGCUGAGCUACCAGUGCUUUGUCUUAAACUGCAGUGAGAAAGACCUAACAAGACAUUGUUAUUAAAUUUUUUUUAGUAUGCUUCUUACUGAUGUUUGUAGAUGUAAAUUGCACAAAAUAUCACUGCUAAAUCAAUUGUUUGGAAAUGCUUCUGCUUCUACUCCUAACAUUACCAGCAAUUCUCCAUGUUGCCUCGCUGUAAUCACAGCCUUUAGACAACCUGUAAAAAUGUGUUUUCAAUGUAAGCUGAUGACAGUUCUGUACUCUGUAUGUUUGACAAGCUUUUUACUUGUUCGCAGCUCCCACAAGGAGCCUUCAUUUGGAGUCCGUUAACUUUGAGUUGGAAAUGGUUCUUUAUUAAUGCUGGUUUCUUAUGAAAAACACUCUAAUCUUGUAUUCAUAAUGAUCUCAAUUCAAUGACAAAAAUGUGCUUUGAGAUGUCUAUAAGUAUUACAUUUAGAAACUAAUGUAGGGGUGGUGUGGUGGAUUUAUGUGAAGCCUCAAUUAAAAAAGACAUAAACUGAGGAAGCCAAGCCCUUUGUUUUGCACCUAGAGUAUCUAUUUGGUAUCUAGGUAACCUUGCCCACUUCAUCCCACCUGCCCUCAUGGGAUGCCAUAGGCACACACUGCAGAAUGGACACAUGUUCAAAAAGAAAGAGGAGCCUGGUAGCUAAUAUUGCAAUUUCUGGAACCUUGUCCUGUAAAGAAAAAAGACUUCAUUUUUAUUUAAACCAUCUUCCGAAAUGUUCAUCUCUUUAUAACUCCAGUGUGAAAAAGAGAGAGGCACAUUACAUAGGUGUGGUGUUGACAUAGCUUUCUGCCUCACAACUCUUGGAGGUCCUGGGUUUGUGUCUAGACUGGGCUGCCUUGUGGAGUUUGUACUUUUAUGUUCUUGCCAUGUUUACCUGAGUAUUCAGUGCUCUAGUUUCCUACAACCUCCCAAAGAAAUGAUGGCUUUGUUAACUGGGGUUUCUAAAUUAUAUUUAUACUGUAUAUCUGUGUGCGUAUGCCUUGAAUUGGUCCUGCCCAGAAUAUAGUCCUAAUUUGUGCCCUGUGUUGCUACAGUUAUAGAAAGACCAAGUUAAAUUCUUUAAAUGGAAGACUGCCAUAAACAGACAAAUAAUAAAACAAAAGACUUCUACCGUAUAUAGAUCAAAUGCACUUAAAGUCAUGUACUGUAUAUACAAUAACGACACCAAGGAUGUGUCUCUAAAGAAAUAAGGAUGUUCAAUGCAUUUGCAGCUACUUACUAUAAAUGUGAGUUCUUCAAGUAAAACAUUUACCAAUUAAGUAUUUUGUGUUCAGUACAUCAUUUCCAUGAUGACAUGAAACAUAGAAUGACAUGUUCUACAAUCAACUGGAAUAUUGUGUUAAGCAAAUCACUGUGGUCUUUGUUGUCUUAAUAACAUGGAUGUAGUAGCCACCCAAUACUUACACAAGGCUUUGUAAGCACAUGUUAGUAUAUUCCUUGUGUCUUUGUGCUACUUAUUUAAAAUACAAGAGUGUGGGUAAUGUUUUUAAAGUAGCUGAUCUUCAUUAAGUGUCUUUUUGUUGUAUAUGUCCCCGUCUGUUCUUAAAAUGCCUCUAGUCAGAAAACAUCACAGCCUUCACGAAGUGGAAAAAAAAGUUAAAUCCCAUAUUCCCAGGUUGAGCUGUUUCCUUUGAGGUAUACUAUGAAGGCAUACAAAAUAUUUACUGAAUUUUAUGUAGAAGUAUAACAUACAUAUUUCUGAUUAAGGAAACCAUUGGGAGCGACAGGGAAAUGAAAUCUGAGAGGCUGCUUUUUAUUUCAGAAGUCCAAUAAAGAUUAAACACCUUUUGUUCUCCUUGUUCACAACAGUGAGCGACAUUUUACCAAGACUAAUGCUAAUGUCAUGCAAAUUACAUUAACUGUGAUAGAAGUAAGGAUUAUGUAAUUAGAUGGGCAUUUAACUAUUAAAGGUAUUGGUUAUUAUUCUUAUUAUGCUGGAUAUACUGUAUCAUAGUGUAUCUUCUAGUAGCUCAAAAUCUGCAUCUAAAAAGGAUGGAUGUAGUAAAAGUUCUGGAUAUACUUUUAAUGCAUUAACUCCAGCCAGAACAGACCCUAUUCCCGAGUUAUUUCUGUUUUAUGAUGUGGAUAAUCCACUGUGACUUUUCAGAUGAAGUCUCAAGAUGUUAACAAAAAAACUUUGACACAAGUGAGCAACGUAUCAUUGCAACAAGACUUUCAAACCGUUGUCAUAGUUUCAGGCAUUUUGUUCAAUCAUAAUUGAAAUCUUUAAAAAAAUACAAGUCCCAAUAUUGCACAGCUUCCAGUGUUUCAAGAUAAGAAUAAAGCUGCUCUGAUAAGAGUUUGUGUAGGUCCACCCCAUGUUCAGAGAUCAGCUCUUGAAAAUAAAUACACUGCAACAAAAAAAGGGGGCUUUGGGGAAUUUAUCUAUUUUGAAAGUAAUUUAUUUUCUUUGUAAAAUCUCAUAAUCUUUAGGUUUUUGACUUGAUUUUUCACUAUUCUUCUUAUCUUAUUGUGCACAAUAAUAAUUAGCCAGUGUCUUAAGGCACCUAAAAUCAUUUUAAAGACUAUUAAAAAUGUCCUAGUAAAAACAGAAUUCACAAAAUCAUCAGUUUACAUGUCUUCUUAUUGACUUAAGAGUUAGGGAGGUGUUUUGGUAAAGGUAUACAUAAACAAUAUCUAUUGGGAUCCAAAAAUACAUUAAUCAUGCUAUUGAUUUUGUUUUUUUCUGAUUCUUAUACAGGAGAUAAGCUUUGUAAUAAGAUACACAUUAUAUAUUUUUUUAUUCAUCUGCCUUUGUCAUUGUUUUUCCUUUUAUCAAAUGUUUUAGAUCACCUUAUGAUUUAACACAGAUCCUUCCAGCCCCAGUGAACAAUGAAUGCACCUUAGAUAAUAAGCAAAAUAACUGGCUGUUCAAGACGUUAUGCUGACGAAGGGAAAUAUGAAUAUAUCUUGAAUGUCAGGAAUACGUGGUUAAUUCAUCUGCACUCAAAAUGAACUCAAUGGAGCACUUUACAUUUUUGCCACACUUACAUUCUUCUCCUUCUGUAUUUUAUGUAUUAUGAUCUGCAAUGAGGUUGGGAGGGAUAAUACAUAGUUUCAAUCCAUUUUAAGAAGAGUAUAUUCACUGGAAUGGAAAUAAUCUGUACCUGCUUAGUCAAGAAAGUGCAACAAUCGUCAUAAGGUCUGUGGUGAAUUGUUGGAUGAAAUAUUGAUUGGAUUGCAUUAGUAGUGAGAAGUUAUAGAAGCAGAAUGAUCCCACCUGCAUCAGUCAAUUUUGAUUUCUUAUACUGAAACCUUUAUUUCAUGAUAUAUUUGUUGCCCAUAACUCUGUUGCCUAAAAAGGCAUGUACAUGUUGCAUGUAAGGUUAAGGAAACAGUUCUGAAGACUGCCAUACAUCUGUAUGAAAAUAGUAUAGUAUGAAUUAGUCCCCAUGGCUUUAGAAAAGGUGGAGCCUACUUGUUACAGUUCUUCAAACAAGCUACAGCAUUAAUAGAUUCACAGAAGGCAGAGUUUGUUAAAUUUUAUUUUCAGAAGGCUUUUGGUAUUUCUCGCAAAAGAUUCAUUCUUAAACUGCUCUUGGUAUACACUCAAGAUAAUGUAUAUACUGCAUUUGGUUUGGUUGGUUUGAGAACUAGUUGAUACAAUAGAGAACAUGGUACAGAUUGGAGUGACAAUAGUGAAAUAAGGAUCUGUAUUAGGAGUAUUGCUCUUCCUAGUUAAUAUCUGAAUAACUUAACCUAAAUCAUUGACAUAGUUGGUGACCUAGUCCUUUGGGUGUUCAACAUAUUUUGUCCAAAUUUCCACCUUGGACCUUUGUCUCACAGUCCCAGUUAUUUAAAACUGUCCCAAAGAAGUGCUUAAUUAAAGGUGUAAGGAUAAUACUAAUAACAAUCUUAUUACAGCCAUUGAUUUACCCAAAGCCAUUUAAUUUUAAUUCUAUUGUUUGGUAAAAUUGGCUGUAAAGCUUAGAAUUGAGUAAUGAUUUGCAAUAACGGUAAAACUUGUCUUUUUUUAUUAAUGGUUCUGCACAAAUGAAAGAUUUUAAAAAUUUAUUGUGAGGCAUUAAAAAUGUAACAGAAGUACAGGAUAAAAAGUUUUAAAUCCUUUUAAUAUACUUUUAUACAUGCUAAAACUCUGGUCGAAAUCUGUAUUGUCUCACUGAUGCAAGGGAAACAUGCAAUAUGAACAAAGGCUACAUUACUGUUGUUACUGUCAUUUUUGCAUAAAAACCUUUUGAUUUUCUUCUCCCCUACCAAAAAUACUGUAAAAAGGUGUUUUUCCCCACCAACAACUAAUUCCAUCUUAAAUCUUAAUUAUUGUCCAUUCUUGGAACUCCAGUGUUCAGAAACCAAUACCUUCCUCAUGGGAUUCUAUUGACUAAGAAGGCAGACUCUUAGUAUGUUUAAUUGGCUGUUGGUGGUGACCCCAACAGACCAAGUCAUUAAACAUUUAUUCAGACUGUCUCUCUUUAUAUUUAAUUUAUGUUUAACCUUGCACCUCAUUUAAUGAAUCGGGAUAGUAGGACUUUCAUUGAACUUUAUACAUAAUUAAAGACUGUGAGGGCUAUCACAGUUUCUCCAACAGUGUGCUACAGACUUAUGUUUAUGACAUAUCCUUAAUGCCUUUUUAUAAUUGUUUUUAAAAUAAUAGAAUAAGCACACAUAAAAGUUAUUCUAUAGAACUCAAAGCUGAACAGGUUUUGUAUUCACUUCAAGUGGGCUCACCCAACUUGAAAGCAAAACAGGGCUGGUGUGUUUUGAAGUUGUAAUAUGGUUUGCAAUAGACAUCAUAUUUGAAUAUCCAUAUCCCUUGUAGUAGCUCAUCAAACAGAUGUCUGUUUCUGGCACUUUACAAUGAAAAGAUUUUUCUUUAAAAGAAAAUCUAAAUUUCACUGCCUCAGUCUCUUGCUCUUCCUAAAUCGUGAAUGAACGAUCUUUCUUUUGAAAUCCACAGUAACUGUUCUUUUUCUCUUUUAACAUGUGCUUGUUCUACUUGUGCUAUCACAGAACUAGAAGAAUGGUGGUUUCUGUCUGGCUGGAUCUGAGAAUCAACAGGAGCAAUAGUACGAAAGCAAACCUUUCUAUCUUUAGCUCAUUUAGGAGAUGAUUUAACAAACUGUGCUUUAAGUUAUAGCUACUAUAUCCGGAUAUUGGAUGUUUCUUUUUGCUAAAAAUGUGAAGCCAGGUUUUUAAAAGACAUUAAAUAAUGAGUUUAAAUUCCUGGUUUUAUAAUUAAUGCCAAAAAGGUGCACUGGACCAUGGAUAAUGUUUGAAUAGAAAUUUUGCAAGAUUUCCGAUUAACAAGGCUCCUGCUGUUCAAAGAUAAAUUGCUGUGUCUUGAGUUAACAUUUAUGUAGCAUUUACUUUGAAGACUUUAUCAUCUUGCUGAUAUAUUCUUUUUAAUUUCUCAACUGACAUUUCUUAAAAAGAGUGCAGAAAGGAAGCUUUUGUCAGUCAUAUUGUGAGAUUUCUCUGUCUAAAACACUUAUGGGAGCGUAAGUGCACUUACUCUGUACCUUGUCACUAACCUUGCUUUUGCUGAAUAAAUCUUUUCUUGUUCUA